AUGCCGGGCUAUCCGACGGAGUGUUUCGUAGACCUGAGCCCUGAGUUGGCCGACGAAAUACAGUGCUCUAUAUGUCUGUGUGUAUUGUGCGAUGCGGUGGACACCAAAUGCCGGCACAGCUAUUGCUAUGAAUGCAUUGAACAGUGGCUCACAUCACAGACCGGUGCCAAACUGUGCCCGGAAUGCAAGCAAUCGGUGGCCAAUAAAUACGGCAAAAAUUCCAAGAAAGCCAAAUAUAACAAACGGGACCCGAAACUGAACGCACUGUUAAUCGGCAACGAUGUGGUGGUGUAUCGUAACCGUCGGGUGAACGCCAUUAUCGGCCGAUUGCGUGUGAAGUGCGAGUGGGAGGCCAACGGGUGUCCGCAUGUGAUGGCAUUAGACGCGUUGGCCGGUCAUAGCGCUAACUGUGAGUACCGGGUGUGCGAUUGGUGCGGACUGUUGUGCACACCCAAUGAUGGUAACGGAGAGCACGACUGUGUGCUGGCGUUGCUAAGCGACCGGGACGGGUGGCGCGACCAUUAUGUCGCAGAAACGAAUAGGUUAUCCCAAAACAUUAAGAAUUUGCAACUAAUAAAUGAUCAAUUAGUGGCCAAAUGUGAUUACAAUAAAAACGAGAUAAUCAAACUUUGUGAUCAAAACAAGGUAUUUGUGGUAAGUCGUAACGGCUAUGAGACUGAACUAAACAAACUUCGUAAGGCAAAUGUUGGACUGGUAACCACUCUUAAUCACAAACACAACGAGUUAAUUAAACUGCAGCAGGAAAACAAAUAUAUUAUGGCUAUUAAUAACCAGAAAAUUCAAGAGAGUAUCAAACAACGGGCUGACAACAGCGCACUUCAGUUAAGUCGUGACCAGAAACACAACGAGUUAACUAAACUUCGGCGAGAAAAUGAGUCGCUUGUGGCCACUCGUGACCAAAAUAACACCAAACUAGUUCAACUGCAGCGCGAAAAUCAAACUUUAUUGGCCACUCGCAAAAAGAUAGACCAUGAUAUAAUUAUUAUUCGGCGUGAAAACAGCGCACUACAGUCCAGUCGCGAUCAGUAUCACAGCGAGAUAACUAAACUUAAGCGUGAAAAUGAGUCAUUUGUCGCCAUUCACGACAAGAAACAUAACGAGGUAAAACAAUUUCGUCUGGAAAUCGAGAAACUAGUAAAUAAUUACGGAAAUACGUACAUGAACGUAUUAAAAAGUGAGCUUCGAUCAAUUAACUUGUUAAUCUUACCUGAGAACGAAAACUCGGACCAUGUUGUGAACCAACUGCGCAAACUAUUGGACACAUUAGAGGUCGACAAUCAGCGUUUGCGUACAACUUGUCGAACAAAUGACAGCGAGAUGUGGCAAAACAAAUUGUUGAUACAGACCCGGGACGAGUCCGAAGCGGUGGCCACACAAUUGCCACAACGAUUGAACAGAUUGGACGGCGAGAAUGAGCGACUUGAAAGGCUUGGUUCUGAUGCUCGUUGGACAUUGAAUGAUUUGAUAAUUAUCGUGCUCAUUAUUAUAUUGAUUUUGGUUGCCACCAUGCAUAUUUAA